UGUAUUCAUGGCAGAUUGUGUUUCCGGUAUAGCGUGUGUGUUGGUCCGUGCUCAGCCUUUCUCUCUUGUCUUUCAGUAGAGCAGUCACUCUCCUCAGAGUCCCAGCUCCUUUACCUGGUUUACCCCUCAUCGGCUCCAAAUAUCCGACCGUGGACAUGGCUUCAGUUUCGGCUCCAGCUCAAGCGGCCCCUGCUCCUUUGCAGAGAGGCAUAGUAAAAAUGGUUUUGUCCGGAUGUGCCAUCAUUGUGAGGGGCCAGCCUCGAGGAGGGCCCCCUCCAGAGCGUCAGAUCAAUCUGAGCAACAUCAGAACUGGGGCCAUGGCACGCAGAGCAGCUCAGGGCCAGCCCGACACCAAGGAUGUCCCAGAUGAGCCUUGGGCCUUUCAAGCCAGAGAGUUCCUGCGAAAGAAAUUAAUUGGGAAGGAGGUGUGCUUCACAGUGGAAAUCAAAACUGCUUUGGGUCGAGAGUACGGAAUGGUCUAUCUUGGCAAAGAUACAACGGGGGAGAACAUUGCCGAGUCUCUGGUGAGUGAGGGCCUUGCCACUGUCCGUCGGGAAGUUAGAGGAAACAAUCCAGAACAGGCCAGACUCUGUGACUUGGAGGACCAGGCAAAAGCAGCCAAAAAGGGCCAGUGGAGCGAGGGAAGUGCGGCACACACCAUUCGAGACAUCAAGUAUACCAUUGAGAAUCCACGCAACUUUGUAGAUUCUUUGCAUCAGAAACCUAUCAAUGCAAUCAUCGAGCAUGUGCGUGAUGGCGGCAUUGUUCGUGCCUUGCUCCUCCCAGACUACUACCUUGUCACUGUAAUGCUUUCUGGUAUCAAAUGUCCAACAUUCAAACGUGAAGCUGAUGGCACAGAAACACCAGAGCCAUUUGCAGCAGAGGCCAAGUUCUUCACUGAAUCGCGACUUUUGCAGAGGGACGUUCAAAUCAUCCUGGAGAGCUGCCCAAACCAGAUCAUACUGGGCACCAUCCUUCACCCGAAUGGCAACAUCACUGAACUGUUGCUGAAAGAAGGAUUUGCCCGUUGUGUGGAUUGGUCAAUGGCUGUUUAUUCACAAGGAGCUGAGAAACUUCGAGCUGCUGAAAGAUCUGCCAAGGAGCGCAAGGUCCGCAUCUGGAAAGACUAUGUGGCACCCACAGCCAACCUGGAUCAGAAAGACAGACAGUUUGUUGCCAAGGUGAUGCAGAUUGUCAAUGCUGAUGCUAUGGUGGUCAAGCUUAACUCUGGAGAAUAUAAAACCAUUCAUCUGUCCAGCAUUCGCCCCCCAAGGAUUGAAGGAGAGGAGAAGAACAAAGAUAAAGACAAGCGUUUCCGUCCACUAUAUGACAUUCCCUACAUGUUUGAAGCCCGUGAGUUCCUCCGGAAGAAGCUCAUUGGGAAGAAGGUCAACGUGACAGUGGACUACAUCCGAGCUGCGACCGGCCCAGCAGAAGGCACCCCCGCAUUUUCAGAGCGCACUUGUGCAACAGUUACAAUUGGUGGCAUUAACAUUGCAGAGGCUUUGGUCAGUAAAGGCUUGGCCACGGUCAUCAGAUACAGACAGGAUGAUGACCAGAGAUCCUCCCACUAUGAUGAGCUUUUGGCUGCAGAAGCAAGGGCCAUCAAGAAUGGUAAAGGGCUACACAGCAAGAAGGAGGUCCCCAUCCACAGAGUGGCUGAUAUCUCUGGGGAGACACAGAAAGCCAAGCAGUUCCUGCCGUUCCUGCAGCGUGCUGGCCGAUCAGAAGCUGUGGUAGAGUAUGUCUUCAGUGGCUCUCGUCUUAAGCUGUACAUGCCCAAAGAAACUUGCCUCAUCACAUUCCUCCUUGCUGGAAUCGAAUGUCCCCGCAGCUCCAGAGCCACGCCUGGGGGGAUGCAGUUGGCUGAACCCUUCAGUGAAGAGGCCACGCUGUUCACCAAAGAACUGGUGCUGCAAAGAGAGGUGGAGGUUGAAGUAGAGAGCAUGGACAAAGCUGGUAACUUCAUUGGCUGGCUGCACAUUGAAGGUGUCAAUCUCUCUGUGGCGCUGGUUGAAAACGCACUUUCCAAGGUCCACUUCACAGCAGAGCGCAGUGCCUACUACAAAACCCUGCUGUCAGCGGAGGAGGCUUGCCGGCAAAGAAAAGAGAAGAUUUGGGCCAAUUAUGAGGAGAAACCAGUGGAAGAGUUUGUGCAGCUAUCAGAGGAGAAGGAACGUGUGGCAAACUACAGACCAGUUUACGUCACAGAGAUCACAGACACUCUGCACUUCUAUGCCCAGGAUGUAGAGACAGGAUCCCAAUUGGAGAGUCUAAUGGAGACCAUGAGAGCAGAGAUCGCAGCCCAGCCGCCAGUGGAAGGAUCCUACUCGGCACGCAGAGGGGACUACUGCUUAGCCAAGUUCGCCGAUGGAGAAUGGUAUCGGGCACGAGUGGAGAAAGUUGAGUCGCCUUCAAAGGUCCACGUCUUCUACAUUGACUAUGGCAAUAGGGAGGUAGUGUCCAGCACCCGCCUGGCCGCCAUGCCCCCAGCCUUCAGCACCAGGACCCUGCCCGCACAGGCCACCGAGUAUGCCUUUGCCUUCAUCCAAGUGCCACAGGAUGAGGAUGCCCGUGCGGAUGUGGUGGACUGCAUUGUGCGGGACAUUCACAACAGCCAGUGCCUGCUAAACGUGGAGUACUCUGGAGUAGUCUGCCCUCAUGUCACGAUACAGUUUGCCGAUACGAAGGAGGAUGUGGGUCUGGGCCUGGUCAAAGAGGGCUUAGUGAUGGUGGAUGUGCGCAAAGAGAAGCACCUGCAGAAGAUGGUGACGGAGUACCUGAACAGUCAAGAAUCUGCAAAGAGUGCCAGGCUCAACAUUUGGCGCUAUGGAGACUUCCGUGCAGAUGAUGCCGAUGAGUUUGGUUACAGCCGUUAAAGAAAUCUUAAAAGGAAGACCAUCCAGUCAACAUCAUUCCAAAGACCAACAUGGACAAAAAUGAUGAGAAUCUUAACCACCAACAUUCUCUCACUCACUUUUUAAUAUAUCAAAUUCAGUCCUCCAGUACUUGCGUCUUCUUUUUCCUAAUUCUAAAAAAAGUGAACACAAAGGAAAAUAGUUGUUCUUGAUCUUGUUUUCUCUAUAUAGCCACUGCCAGCUCCAUCAGCCUGCAGUUUUGCCAAUCUUUGUCAUUUGCCAUGUUACGUUUGAGCAGACUUCCUGUGAGAUAGACUCUGUUCUGUGCUCUUUUAAUCACUGCUUUCCACUGUACAGUGAGGGACCGUCUCUUUCAACAAAACAAUGCUUCCCUGAGAAUGAUCUGUAAAUGUACGGAGAAUAUGUCCACAAGUGUAAAUGGAUUAUUUUCCAACAGUAGCUGCAGCCACACAGACUUUAUUUUUGUCACUGGUGCAUAUCUGUGUGAUGACCACAUUUGCAGAUGUUUUGUGAGGAGUGUCUUUUUUUUCACGGUCCCAUUUUUAUGACCCGUAACUAUGGACACCAUCAUUUGGUAUUUUAUCUCAAUAUCUCAAGCAAAGUUUACAGUCUAAUGUUAUGAUCAUGUCUUUGGCAGUCUCUCGUCUGUCUCUAUGCCAUAGCAAAAACAGUGUUUGAAUUUGUUUCCUUAUAAUGGACCUUUGCAUUCUAUUAAAAUCUGCUAAAUAAAAAUAAGCAAAUGAAAUAAA